ACUCUUCACCAUGCACUCGCGCGUUCAUGCCGGCGAGUAUGUACUACUACGCUUGCCUUCAGAUACCCUGAAGCUGGUUCAGAUAGUGCCAAACAGCUCGAUCGCAUCACANGUGUUAUUUCCAUCGGCAAAUUCGGUUCCUUCCCAUGCAACCUUCUCAUCGGACGACCUUACUACCUCACAUACGAGAUCACCGACAAGCAAUCCGAGACCGAUGCCUCCCGCCUACGAGUCGUGCCAGCCUCCGAGCUGAAUGCUGAAGUCCUCGCCGAAGAUGCUCCUCCUUCAGAAAACCCUACCGAGAAAGCGGACGAAUCCUUCGAUAUUGUCGCAGAUGAUGGCUCCGUAUUGCUCAAGAACAACCGUCUCACAGUCGACGAUGCUUCUCGUCAAGCACUCAGCAUGGACGAGAUUGAAGAAUUGAAGAAAGCUGGAACUGGCUCUGGAAGAGACAUUAUCGAGANNAAAAUCCUCAAGUCGCAUACCCACCUGAGUGAGAAGACAUCGUUCGCGCUGGCCAAGUACACUCUGAGAAAGCACAAGAAGUACUUGCGCAGAUUUACUGUUCUGCCAAUGAAUGUCUCCAUGUUGACCGAGUACAUGAUCGCCGAGAAGGAGUCAUCAAGAGUCAUGGAGCUCAGAGAAGAAUCGCUAGGUCUGGUCGGCAGCUGGGCAAACGUACACUACCAUCCUGAUGCAGAGCCGACUCUUACUGAAGAGGGCACACAACUUGGUGGUGGAAGAUGGCUGGUCGUUGACGAUACUGGUGGUCUGGUUGUGGCUUCUAUGGCCGAGAAGAUGGGCCUUNUGUACCUUCCAGACAGGGAGGACCAAGAGUCGGACGACGACGAGGCCCCCACCGAGGCUGGCGCGCAACAAACAGCCGCGACCGAAGAAGACGCAGACAUCGAAAUGCAGGACCCCUCAAAAGACGAACCAACCAACGACGAACCAAAAGAAGGAGNNAAGAAGUACGAGCGAACGGCCGAAAGCUCCCUUCACGCAAACGCCCAACCAAACGUCUCACUCCUCAAAUACUUCUCCUACGACACAAACAACCCAACCGCCGCCCAUCCCCUACAUACCCAUCUCAAAACCCUCACUUGGCUUCAACUUAUCGACCCUUCCGCAGACCCUACCUACGAAGAGCCAGAAACCCUCCCUCAAUCCGAACUUGACACGAUGAAAUCCGGAAAACGCGGUGCCUACUACCGUAAACGCCGCCGCUGGGCCCGCUGCAAAGCCAUCGUAGACGAAACCCGUGCUGGAGGCUUUGACGGCUUGAUCAUCGCUUCCCACAUGUCCCCCGCCACCAUCCUCAAAAACACAGUGCAUUUGUUGCGCGGCUCUGCACAUAUCGCCAUUUACUCACCUACCGUCGAGCCACUCACCGAAAUCAUGGAUUUGUAUUCUAAAGACCGCAAAGCUGCGUUUUUGGAUCAUGUUGCUAAUGAUACUGUGCCUCCUGAAGAGGACUUCCCGUUGGAUCCGAGGUUGGUGUUGGGACCUACGUUGCAGACUACGAGGAUUAGACCUUGGCAGGUAUUGCCGGGUCGUACGCAUCCGCUUAUGACGUGGAGGGGUGGUGCCGAGGGCUAUCUGUUUACGGCGAGGAAGGUGUUGCCUGUGGAUGGCAAAGUGGAGGCCAGAGGCAAGUACAACAAGAAGAGGAAGAUUGGA